GGAAAGGUGAAAAAGACUGCACCCAGAGUCACUGGGCUGGGUUGUGGUCAGAGCGGGGAUUGUGACCCAGGCUGACCUGGCCCCAGUUUCUGUUCCAAGAGGGGCAGCCCUGUCCGCACCCACACCCAGAGGGCUUCUCUCGCGGCCUGCGCCGUGAGUGGUGCCGCCUGCCCUGCCCCGAGCCCUUGAGAGAUGGUUUCUCUUUGAUGCUGUGCACCCUGCCGGCUUGUGCGAUCUCGGGCCUCUUCAACUGCAUCACCAUCCACCCUCUGAACAUCGCGGCCGGCGUGUGGAUGAUCAUGAACGCCUCUGUCCUGCUGCUGUGCGAGGCCCCCUUCUGCUGCCAGUUCAUGGAGUUUGCGAACGCCGUGGCGGCCAAGGCGGACCGGCUGCGCUCCUGGCAGAAGGCCGUCUUCUACUGCGGGAUGGCGGUUGUUCCCAUCGUCAUCAGCCUGACCCUGACCACCCUGCUGGGCAACGCCAUCGCCUUCGCCACCGGAGUGCUGUAUGGGCUGUCCGCGCUGGGCAAAAAGGGCGACGCGAUCUCCUACGCCAGGAUCCAGCAGCAGAGGCAGCAGGUGGAUGAGGAGAAGCUCGCGGACGCCCUGGAGGGGGAGCUGUGAGGGGGUCGGGGGGCUCUCCUGCCCCCGCCCGCCCCCGGUCUGUGUGAGCGUGUGCCGAGGAGCGUGGACCCCGAGGGGUCUGGGGAGGAGCCCGUGUCUGGUUCUCUCAGCCCCUCUCGCUUGUCCCCACGCCUGGAGUCCUCCUCUCUCUGCCCCCCGUGCCCCGCCCUUGGCAUCACCCUGAGCCAAGUGCUGAGGGGCAGGGUGAGGGCCUCACCAGAGGCCGCAGGGCGAGCAGAGGGAGCCUCGGGUGACCAGCUGCAGGGCUCCGCACAGACAGCCCCCUAGCCCCGCUGUUCCCAGCUGGCCCGGCUUGGCUGGCCACAGGCCAUGGGGUGGGUUUUGAGACUUUGUGUCGCUGGUGGGACCACCCACUGUGACCGGCUGGAGGCCUGGGAGGAGCUGCUCCUGGGGACGUCGGUCCCGUCUCCAGGCGGGGGCACGUCCACGCGGGCCUCCUGGCCCCCAGGCAGGAGCGUACCCCAUGAGCUGAGCUUCCUGGGCCGCUUCUGCCUGGCCGCCCCCGGCCUCCCACCACCACCCAGGCCCUGCCAGUCUCCUCCGCGGGGACCCCCAGAUGCCCCUCCAGUGCCCCCGCCGGCAGCCAGCCCUGGCAGCCUGACCGCUGGCCGGGGCGUGCUCCGGCCCCUGGUCCCGUCACCGUGGACGAGCGCAGGAGCAGGCCUCUCUGCUGGGCCUGGCCGGCCCGGGCCAGCCAUGCACGGCUCUGGGGCUCUGCCCCUGCUACCCCCAGGGCCCUGGGCAGCUGCUCCCGCCUUCUGGAGCCAGCCCCAGGGCGGCACCCAAUCUUUGCUUCCAGAUGGACUUUCAUCUCUGGGGUUCGCUAGGGUUGGCGGCUGGGAGGCAGGCCCUGUCCCAGGGAUAGCAGCGCGCCCCCCACCCAGCAGCUCUCCAGGGAGCCCGGCCAGGCUGAGCUCCGGGGAAACAGGGCCUACAGUGCGGCUGGCCCCGCAGGACACGUGCCUUCAGGGGUCCUCCGGGACCACCUUCCUUAGGCCAGCGCCGGGGUCAGAGAGCUGUGGGCUGUAGGCCUCUCCAGGCCGGCAGGGUGUGCGUGUGUGUCUCCUGUGUGUGCCGUGGAUCAGACUGUCUACCUCCCUGGAGGAGCGAGGGCCCUGCCCAUCCUUCCUGGCUCAUCCUUCCCCAGGAGGUGGGGCUCUGGGGUCACUCCUGCCUCUGUUGGGUCUCCCUGCUGAUGGGAUCCUCCCUGCUGACCGGGGUCUCCCUGCUGACUGGGGUCUCCCUGUUGACAGGGUCUCCUUGCUGAUGGGGUCUCCCUGCAGAUGGGGGUCUCCCUGCUGAUGAGGGUCUCCUUGCUGACGGGGUCUCCCUGCAGAUGGGGGUCUCUCUGCUGACUGAGGGGUCUCCCUGCUGACCAGGGUCCUCCCUGCAGAUGGGGGUCUUCCUGCUGACGGGGUCUCCCGGCUGCAGGAGGGAAGAGCUGGCUGUUUGUGGAGCAGGGUUGUGUCUCUGGCCUCUGAGGAAGCUGGCGGGUGUUGGGCAGGCCGUCCAGCCCCCGGGUCACAGGCCAGAGUGGGCAGGUCACCCGCCGAGGUGGCCAGGGCUCGCCCGCCCUGGGGUCUGGGCUCUGUCCCCUGCGGCCCUUGUUGCCUCUCCGUGUCUGCCCUGCGUUUUGAGCAAUAAAGCCUGAUGGCGGUCUGUGUGCUCUC